AGUAACCGACAUCGGGGCAGUGCGCAUGCGCGAGCGGUCCGCGCGCCCUUCCUGAUGCGCGCACACGCAUACACACACACAGAGAGGGAGUGAGAGCGCGCGCGAGAGCGAGCAACAAGCCAGCGCCAAGAUGGCGGACCUGGGCAAGAAGUACUGCGUGAACUGCCUGACGGACGUUACGAACCUGCGGCUCCGCUGCACCGACUGCCCGGACAUCGAGCUGUGUCCCGAGUGUUUCUCCGCCGGCGCGGAAAUCGGCAACCACCGGAGAUGGCACGGCUAUCAGCAAGUGGACGGCGGCCGAUUCACUCUCUGGGGUCCCGAGGCUGAGGGAGGAUGGACCAGCAGGGAAGAGCAAUCGCUCCUCGAUGCCAUCGAACAGUACGGAUUCGGCAACUGGGAGGACAUGGCAGCCCAUGUCGGUGCCACGCGCACACCUCAGGAGGUGAUGGAGCACUACGUGACUAUGUACAUCCACGGUAACCUGGGGAAGGCGUGCAUCCCUGAGCUGAUCCCGAACCGCGUGACGGACCACACGUGUCCGGGCGGGGCGCCUCUGUCCCCGAGCCUCACUGCACCCCCGCCGCCCCUUGAGCUUAAUCCGGCCGAGCAGCAGCAGCUCGGGUACAUGCCGCUCCGUGACGACUACGAGAUGGAGUACGAACAGGAGGCGGAGCUUCUUGUCAGUGGCCUGUCCGUCAACUACGAUGACGAGGACGUCGAACUCGAGAUGAAACGCGCCCACGUCGAUAUGUACGUGCGAAAGCUGCGCGAGCGUCAGCGCCGGAAAGACGUCGCCCGCGACUACAACCUCGUGAACGCCUUUCUCGGGCGUGAAAAGAAAGACAAAGGGGCCGGAGGCGCUGGCGCCGGUUUGGCUACGCCCACUGCAGGGUCGGCGUCCUCGGGUUCUGGGAAGCGUAAAAUCACGAAGGAGGAGCGUGAGCAGAGGACGAAAUUGCGGGCGAUCUGUCAGUUUAUGGCGUUUCGAGAAUUUGAGGACUUUUUCGACAACAUGCACAAAGAGCGAGUGCUACGCGCCAAAGUGCGUGAGCUCCAGCGCUACCGACGCAACGGCAUCACGCGUCUGGACGAGUCGGCGGAGUACGAGGCGGCACGGCACAAGCGUGAGAAGCGGAAAGAAAACAAGAGCUCCAAGAGAGGCGGCGGCGGAGGAGGUGGCGGUGGUGGUGGAGCAGGUAUUGGAAUUGGAGGCGGAGCUAACUCAGGAAGUGGAACCAACGCAGGGGGAGCCAGUGCCAUCAAAGAGGAAGGAAAAGAUGGUGAAUUCUCGGCCAUCGAGCACUUACCGGGCUUCGAGUUGCUUUCCGAUCGCGAGAAAGUGCUGUGCAACUCGCUGAACUUGAGCCCGACUCGAUAUUUGACGGUCAAAACCAUCAUCAUUAAGGAUCAUUUGCAGAAACGGCAAGGAGUCCCCGCAAAGAGCCGCUUACCGGGAUACCUGGACAAAAUGCUGAAACGGCGCAUCCUGAACUUCCUCACAGAGAGCGGCUGGAUAUCGCGGGAUGCCGCGUAACAACUUUUCUAGUGUUUUCUUGUUCAUAGGAAUGUGAAUGUGGCAAAAGGAAACAAAAAUGUUGACUACAGUUUUGAUAUGGAAAAAAUCUGUACAUACAUAUCUAUAUUUUUGCUAAUAAGAAUUUUUCUUGUGGUUGGGGGACACCUGAUGGGAGGGGAGGGAACGGGGCUUUGCGUUCUUUUUAUCUAAAAAAAAAAAAAACAUUCAGAAUUCUAUGGAAAAUGUGAGAACUUCUGACAAUAGCCAUAACCUCGUUCAAGGGAGCGUUUGACAAUGCGUCUUACCUUUUUAGCAUUAUUUAGUUUGACAUUAAAGACUUGAGAGUCCAGAACUCUUGAGUUGUACCACA